AUGGCCACCGUCCUCUCGCGCCGCCUGGGGAAGCGCUCCCUGCUGGGCACCCGCGUGGCCGUUCCCGACGGGAUCCUGGCGGCCUCCCAGAUUCCGGAAUUUUCCCCGCUCGAGGACGGAACGCCCGGAUCCCCCAGUCCCGGAUCCCCCAAUCCUGGAUCCCCCGGUCCCGGAUCCCCCAAUCCCGGAUUCCCGAAUCCCGGAAGUCUCCGGCAGCUCCACGGGCAGCAGGUCCUCGUCACUUCCCUGGAUGAGCAGAUCCAAGGAUUCCCGGCGUGCUGGAGGGCGCAGGACCCGCUCCGAGCCCCACCCCUGCGCACUUCCAGCAUUCCCGAGAGAUCCGUGUCCAGCAACAUCGACGUUCCCAAAAGGAGAUCCGACGCGGCCGUGGAGAUGGACGAGAUGGUGGCGGCCAUGGUGCUGACCAGCCUCUCCUGCAGCCCCGCCCUGCGCGGCCUCCCCCCCUCGCAGGCAGCCGGUGACCCCUGGAAGGACAGCGGGGACGUCUCGGACAGCGGCAGCAGCACCACCAGCGGCCACUGGAGCAGCGCCGGCAGCGCCACCGCGUCCCCUCCCCACCGCCCUGGCAGUCCUCACCGCGCUGGCAGUGCCACCGCGUCCCCUCUGAGCGAUGACGGCUUCGACACCGACCCCGAGCCCUCGGCGCCGGAGGAGCCCGCGCCGCGCCGCAGGAAGAACUCGGCGAAGGUGAUGUUCAAGUGCCUCUGGCCCAGCUGCGGCAAAGUCCUGCGCUCCGGCGUCGGCAUCAAGCGCCACGUCCGCACCCAGCACCUGGGGGACGGCUCCGAGCGCGAGGAGGAUUUCUACUACACCGAGCUGCGGGUGCCUGAGGAGCCACCCCCGGAGCUGCCACCACCCGCUGUCCCUGCUGUCACUGCUGUCCCCGGUGCCACCGCUGUCCCCGCCGUCCCCGGUGCCACCGGGGCCAUCGGGGCCGUGUCCUGCUCUGCCCCCAUCGUCAUCCAGCCCGGCCCGGGCCAGCCCGGCCUGAGCCACUCGGCCCCCGGCUCUUUCUGGCACAUCCAGGCCGACCACGCCUACCAGGCUCUGCCCUCCAUCCAAAUCCCGGUGUCCCCCCACAUCUUCACCAGCAUCAGCUGGGCUGCUGCCACCUCCCCACUGCCGUCCCUGUCACCGGCGCGGAGCCGCUCCCUCAGCCUCGGCGACCCUCAGCCGCCGCCUCGGCCGCCGCCAUCGCUGCAGCCCCAGCUCCUCGUGGCCUCCCCGCCCCGCGCCUCCCUCGGCACCAGAAAAAUCCGCGGCGAAGCCAAGAAAUGCCGCAAGGUUUACGGCAUCGAGCACCGGGAGCAGUGGUGCACGGCGUGCCGCUGGAAGAAGGCCUGCCAGCGCUUCCUGGACUGAAUUCCGACGCCGUCCUCCCCUUUUCCCGCCUGGAAUUCCCUCAGGAAUCC